AAGUUAAUCGGAGAAGCAAAGCAAAUUUUCAAAGAUUCCGAGGACGAGUGUGAGCGUAGCCAAGACAAUCAUGGUGCCGGAAAUCAUUUUAACCUCUUUGUAUAUGCCUCGAGCAAAGUAGACUCGAGCAAACCAGACACGAGCAAAGGUUCCUCAUCCUCGUCGAUCGUGCUUCUUGGGGACAUAUUCAACGUUCGGGACGUGGUACCGGACCACGACAAAUUCAACGACAAAAUCAGCUGGGUGCAUUUAGUGAGCGACAACUACAAGAUGGACCUCAUCCUGACCGCAAAAGACCGGCCCUUCUCCAUCCUUCCCUCGGACAGAUUCGCGGUCACCUUCCGGGAAGACUCGAAAUUCAUUCGAGGCUCCAAGUUGCCUUUCCGACCGGGUAGUUUCGAUGCCGUCAUGAACGGCACGCUGUAUAAAACACUCGUGUCCGAUAACUCGAUCCACCCGACCAAAUCUGUCGAUAUUCUCUACAUCUCAUUUGGUGACUCUUUCCUCAAACUCCGGGCUGCCUCCGGUGAGUUUAGAUACUUUAAAAAUUGUAAACAACUGUUUAUUUUGUUUCAGAAGCUAGCUUUCAAAUAAAAAAUCUGAGUUGUUCUUUUUUUUCA